ACCAGGAAGCCAGCGGUGACGUCACUUCAGUAGAUUUUCCCUUCAGUACUGCUGUCGACGGAGAACGACAACAAAUAAAGGAGUUCACUCUUGUACGACAUUCACAAGAGCUCGUAAAGUCUUUGAUUUGGUUUUCCAGACAAGCCUUUAAAGAUGUCGCUGUACCCAUCUCUUGAGGACCUGAAGGUUGACAAGGUAAUCAAGGCCCAGUCCCAGUUUAACCAGACUCCAAGCCCACUGCCAGCCAUCAGUGAUGGAACCUAUCAUUCUCAGCCUGCCACUGUUGGGAUGCCAAGUUCAAGCUUGUACCCAAAUCUGGAGGACCUCAGCGAUUACAUGGGUCUGAAACUGAACAGUGAGGAAGUCCAGAUGAACCUGGCCUUAUUACCAGUGGCUGACAGUCAGGUGGCCGUACCCUCCAGUUACGGUGUGGGAGGUAUGGUGCGACCAGUGACUGGGUCAGAUGUUGGCAUUAGAAGAGCAGAGAUCCGUCCAGGUCUGCGGGAGAUUAUCCUUUGUAAGGACCAGGAUGGGAAAGCUGGACUCCGUCUUAGAGCCAUUGACAAUGGAGUGUUUAUCCAGCUGGUUCAGGCUAACUCCCCUGCAGCUCUGGCUGGACUGCGCUUUGGUGACCAGGUCCUUCAAAUCAAUGGGCAGAACUGUGCUGGCUGGAGCGUAGACAAGGCCCACAAGGCUCUGAAGGCUGCAUCUGAGACCCGCAUUGAGCUUGUUGUUCGGGACAGGCCAUUUCAGCGCAUUGUCACCAUGCACAAAGACAGUGCGGGGCAUGUUGGCUUUAUCUACAAGUCUGGUAAAAUCACCUCACUUGUAAAGGAUGGAUCUGCAGCCCGCAACGGCCUGCUGACCGAUCACUACAUCUGCGAAAUCAAUGGACAAAAUGUUAUUGGACUAAAGGAUUCUCAGAUUAAGGACAUUCUGGCCACUUCUUCCACCGCCAUGACCAUCACCAUCAUGCCCAAAUUUGUCUACGAGCACAUGAUUAAAAGAAUGUCCACCGGUCUCCUGCGGUCAUCCAUGGACCACUCUGUCCCAGAGGUGUGAGGAGCAGGACGACUAUCAACACCUCUAUCAAGAUGGUUACGCUGUUUUCUAACCUCAUGUCUUCACCCAUCUUCAUUUCAACAAACCUUCUCCUGUACCGUCACCGCUGUUUACUCAUUAACAUCAUCGUUGCCUCUUCUUUUUCUUUCUUUUUUCCUAUUUUUUUUAAAUAUGCCAAGCACACGAUCUUGAGUUCAGGGCUUCCUCCGUCAUUGUGGAGAUGAAUCAUUCACCUUGUGUAUUCAAAAUGCUGUAAAAGCCGAUGGUCCGACUGGCUGUGCUCUCAGUCCCUGCACUUGGCCUCUCGCGUGUACAGGAAGUGAUGCAAUAACUGAUCACUCGAAGCGGAGAGCCUGUUAUGUGACGUUAUGCAGCGUUGAUCCUGGUGUGCUGUCAUUUUCACUCAGUAGGUUUUACCAACAUAACUGAUUUUUAGCUUUUGACACAGACUGAUCAGUUUUGUGCAGAUGCACAUUUAAGGUUUUUUUUUUUUUUUUUUU